AUGGCGGCCAACAACCAGACGCUUCCCUCGAAGGAGGGCUCGUUGUUCCGCCAUCUCGUCCAGAACUACGAGUCGAAGCAGUACAAGAAAGGACUCAAGGCCGCCGAGCAGAUCCUGCGGAAAUUCCCCAACCAUGGCGACACCCAGGCUAUGAAAGCUCUGAUCCUCAACAACCAAGGCAAGCAAGAGGAGGCGUUUGACCUGUGCAAGCUCGCGCUCAAGAACUCAAUGAAGUCGCACAUCUGCUGGCACGUGUAUGGCUUGCUCUAUCGAAGUGUUAAGAACUACGAAGAGGCAAUCAAAGCGUACCGGUUUGCGCUCAAGCUCGAUCCGGAGAGCCAGCAGAUACAGCGCGAUUUGGCAUUGCUGCAGGUUCAGAUGAGGGACUAUGCGGGCUUCGUGCAGAGUCGUAAUACGAUGCUGCAGGCAAGGCCGCAGUUGCGUCAGAACUGGACCGCUUUGGCUGUUGCGUUGCACUUGAACGGGGAGCUGGACAAGGCUGAGAAUGUGAUGCAUCGAUAUGAGGAGACGUUGAAGCAGCCUCCACCUAAGAGCGACAUUGAACAUGCAGAGGCGGUGCUGUACAAGAAUACUGUCAUUGCUGAGCAGGGAGAUGUUCAGCGUGCGCUUGAGCAAUUGGAUUCGAUAUCGAAGAGCGCAUUGGAUCGAACAUCAAUUAUGGAGCUGAGAGCGGACUAUCUCCUGAGGCUCGACAAGAAGGAGGAAGCAGAGAAGGCGUACAGAGCACUGCUGGAUCGAAAUACUGAGAAGCGGGCAUACUACGAGGGUUUGGAGAAGGCACUGGGGCUGGACAGGACCAAGUCAGAAGACCAAGAGAAGUUUAGAGAAGUGUACCAAGCCUACGCAGACAAGAGCCAACGCAUCGAUGCUGCAAGGCGGAUACCACUCGACUUCUUGCAAGGCGAUGCGUUCCGAACGCAUGCUGAUGGGUACCUGCGGAGAAUGUUCAACAAAGGUGUCCCAAGCACAUUCGCGAACGUCAAGCAGCUCUACUCAGAGCCUGAAAAGCUCAGCACAAUCCAGGCGCUCGUCGAGGGAUAUGCGAACGAAGAGCCGCAAGCCAACGGUGGCGCGGAGAAGUCUGAGGCCAACGGCAGCACCGAUGGCUCACACAAGGUGAAUGGCACCAACAAGGCCAACGACUGGGCCCUCAGCGUGAACUACUUCCUCGCGCAGCACUACAACUACUACGUGUCACAAGAUCUCGACAAAGCAAGGAAGUACAUCGAUAAGGCAAUUUCUCUCAAUUCGUCAAAGACCGACUACACGUACCACAUGACCCGGGCGCGAGUGUUGAAGCACCUGGGUGACGUUGAUGCGGCGUCCAAGGCCAUGAACGAGGCGAGGGAAAUGGAUCUCAAGGACCGAUACAUCAACACGAAAUGCGCCAAGUACCAGCUACGAAACGACGAGAACGAGGUCGCGGUCAACACGAUGGGUCUGUUCACUCGAAAGGAGGCCGUGGGCGGUCCUUUGGGCGAUCUACUCGACAUGCAAUGUGUAUGGUACAUCACCGAAGACGGCGAAUCUAAUUUGCGACAAGGGAAGCUCAGCCUCGCAUUGAAGCGUUUCAAGGCCGUAUACGACAUCUUCGAAACCUGGUACGAGGAUCAGUUUGAUUUCCACAGCUUCAGCUUGCGAAAGGGCAUGAUUCGAGCCUACAUUGACAUGAUCCGGUGGGAGGACAAACUAAGAGAGCAUCCAUUCUUUACUCGUGCGGCACUUUCGGCCAUCAAGGUGUACCUGCUGCUGCACGACAAGCCUGAGCUGGCAAAGGGUGGUCAGGCAAAUGGAGCUGGGGGCGACAGUGCGGCAGAGAAGAAGAAGGCUGCCAAGAAGGCGAAGAAGGAAGCGGAAAAGGCAGAGGCAGAGCGGAAAGCUGCAGCAGCUAAGAAGGCGCAGCCGAAAGCAGUCGACGAUGACGGUGCCACCAAGAAGGAAGACCCUGACCCGCAAGGACUGGAGCUGCUGAAGACCGAGAAGCCACUUGAGGAGGCGAUGAAGUAUUUGUCGCCGUUGCUCGAGCUCAGCCCGAAGAAUAUCGACGGGCAAAUAGCUGGCUUCGAGGUCUACAUCAGGCGGAAAAAGUAUCUCCCAGCUCUCAAGUGCCUGCUGGCGGCGUACGGCAUCAACCCAGACCACCCGAAAUGCCACGAGCUCGGCGGCCGCUUCAAACUCGCCAUCGACAACCUCCCAGAACCACUCCCGAAACAAUCCCAAGACGUCAUCCAAGAGCUCUACCUCUCCCGCCUCAGCCCGAAAUCCCUGCACGAGUGCAACGAGGAAUACCUCGAAUCCCACAAGCAAAGCGCACCACACAUCCAGUCCGUCGUCAGGUUCCGACAUGUGCUGAAACCCGGCGAGGAGGAGACCAAGUCGAAGGGUGUGAAGGAUUUGCUGGCGACGUUGGAGUUGCCGAGGACGUCGUUACGGGAUGCGCAGGAGGGAUCGCAGCUGCUGGAGGAUAUUCAGGCUGGAGCGGAUGCGAAGAAGGCGUAUGUUGAGGCGGCGCGGAAGCGGUGGUCGGAGGCGAGUGGUUUCAAGGCGUGA